AUGUUCCCUUCUGUUCAUUGGUUGAUACAGCCUGCUUUUAUCACCUAUAAUUCACCUAUCGCAACACCCAGAAACAACUCAAAUGGAAGUUUAUCUACCAAGAUUCUGACAUUCCUGAUGUGCAGGCAUCUAUUGCUGAAAACAAGGGAGUCUGAAUCCUGGCAUAGUGCACUAUCAGAAACAACUCCCAUGGAUCGCCUGGCAAAAUUCAUCCAGUUGAUAUGGUGGCCUAGUGCCUCUGGCUGCUUUCAAGCAAAGAUUGUGAGUGGAGGCGAACAUCCAAAAGCAGAUGAGUGGCGUAAUUUUAUGCAUGUAUACCCAGCAGUGCUCGCAGUCACAUGGAACAUGUGGUCUUGCCCACCCGAUGUAGAGGCCCCAGAUCCCAAGAACGGUUUGAAGGUUCAGCAGGCAGUCAUCAAAUAA